AUAAAUUAAUAAAAAAAAAUCAAGGAUAGCUUCUGAUUCAGUUGAUAGCCAUAUAAUUUUGUGUCCAAGUUUUAAAACAAAGCCAUCAUAGUUUCCAGUCUUUAAGAAAAUAGUUAUUGCAGUACAGGGAGUCCCCGGGUUACGAAUGGGUUCUGUUCCCGAGGACGUUCUUAAGUCGGAACACAUGCUAUGUGCAUAGUACCGUACUUACAGAAUAAUGUUUAAAAUCCCACUAUAUCAUAGCCUAAGUCCUUAUACAGUAAACAUCUAAAAUCACCUAAUUUAAGACAAAAGAAGAAAUAGAAUGACAAAGUACAGAAAUUUAAGUAAAAAAAAAAAGUCAUCAGGUCAAUAAAAUACUGCAAUAUUCAAGUUUAACCCUGUUCGUAUUGGUGGGCGUUCAUAAGUCAGGGACCCCCUGUAUAGUGUUCUGGAAUUCCAUAGCUAAAUACACUAUGGAGGUAAUAAAAAUCAUGUUGGUAUGUAACAUCUUUGCUCUACCUUAUAAAACUCUUGAAUGUGCAUCCCAUUUCUGUCAUCACAUCUCUUCCCUGAUGCACCACAAUGUAAACAGUGGUGAAAUGAAUACUGUGUAGUAUUAUAUAUCCUUUCAAGUCUUUUAAAGACUAAAGGUUUUCCUUAUACAUAUUGAGUGAUGCAUUCCGAAAAAAAAACGUGUAAACACAAAGUAUUCACUAUAAAUGAAGGUACCUGAAGGUUACCAAUGAAAAAGUGGGGAUUAUGACGAGUUCUAAAGUGUCUUGAGAGGCCAAUAUGAGAAGGCAGGGUCAUCUGCAGAAGUUACAUAUGUGAAGGGCUACAUCUAGUACAGGAACACCAGUUUCAGAGUCGCUCCAAAAAUGGCGCUUGUCUGCCUUAACGUGUAGUUGAACAAACCCACAGGUGUUUAACAUCCUUUCACAAAACAUCACAGUUUAGGAUGAUCGUCUCCAAGGUAAUCUGUAAGCAUGACUGAGAAUCGCCCAGUGAAAAGAAUUCCCAGUAUUUUUGACUCGGAGGAUGACAGUGACGAUGAACCACCUUCACCCGUGACAUUCAGAGCGUUGGCACCAACAUCUUUAAAUGACAGCAAUGGUGAACCCCCGCCACCACCUGGGUCACAUAUUUCAGGCUCCUCAUCAGACUCUGAAGACAGUGAAGUUGAAUCGUCGCCUCGCAAGCUUCUUCACAUGACACAUACAGAUAAAAUACCAAUCACAAAUUUUCCUAAGGGAGGUCUGUCUUUUAAUGAAGACAGCAAUGAUUCUGAAGAGGAAAAUGAAGCAAAAUCUCUGAGUUUCAUUUCUGGAGUAGCGAAGGAAAGCUUCAACAAUGAAGAUGAUGAUGAGGAUGUGGAUGAGGAUUUAAAUACUACUCCCGGUAGUCGCUCCAGUCAUGAGAAUGUAGAAGCAGGCAGUGAUGAUGACGAUGAAGAUGAAGAGGAGGACAAUAAUGAUGCAGAUGAUGAUGAUGAUGAAGAAGAAUUAAGCAAAAGUGAGUCUAGUCUUGACUAUUAUGGGGCAGAGAGUGAUAGUAAGGAUGGCAGAGACUUCGAAGGUUAUUCCUUUUCAAGAAGUGCUGACAUUAUGAAUGAUGAUCAUGAUCAUUAUGGUGUGGUGAAGGAAGGCAAAGAUUUUAUCAUUGUCAGACGAGGAAAAAAAGUCAGUGAAGAAAAUGACAGCAAUAAUGACGAAGAUAGUGAAAAUGACACUGGCGAGGAAAUAGACAGUGAGAAGGAGGAAGCAAAAACUUUUGUGAGUGAAAAAGAUAUAGAAAUAGAGAAAAAAGAAAAGGAGGAAGAAGAGGAUAAUAGAGAGAGGGAGAACAAUGUGAAAGAGGUGGAGAACAAGGGGAGAGAGAUAGAAAAUAAAGAGAUGGAAUUGAAGAAGAGGGAGAUGGAGAUUAAAAGAGAGGAAAAAGUUCCAGAAAGAGAGAAGAAAAACAAGGAAAGUGAGAACAAAUUACAAGAGAAAGAUAUAGACACUAAGAGAGGGGAAGACGUUCAAGAGAGAAAGAUGGAGACCAAAGAGAGAGACAAAAAACUUCAAGAGGGAGAUAAGAUUGAGCCAAUGGAAGUAGAUGAAUUAAGAUCAGUACAAGAGGAAGAGGGAGGGAAUAUUGUUGGAUCACCAGAGAAAGAUGAUGCAGUUGAGAUGGAUGACAUGGAUGAGGAGAGCAGAUCAGAUGUUAUUGAGGCACAAGAUGAGACGAAGCAAGAUGAUAAGGACGAAGACAUGGAAUGUAUAGACAAGGAAGAGAGUGAUGGUUUCAGAGCUCCCGAGAAAGAGAAGAAGAUGGAUGUUGACGUUUUACUCAGGAGGGAAGAAAAGGGCUCUGAAAUUACCAAUACAGAAGGUAAGGAAGAUGUGGAUGCUGAAACCCCAGAGUUAAAGGACGUGGAUGAAAUGGGAGUUAAAAGAAAGGAUGAAGAUGUUACAUUGUUCAAAACAGAGGAAGUCAAGAAAAAAGAUGUUGAGAAAGAGAAGCAUAUGGGUAUAGAUAUGAGAGAGAAUAGAGAAGUUGUAAAGACUAAACAAGGUGUAGUGCAUAAACAAGAACAAGAAACAGAGGUUAUGGAGUAUAAACAAGAAAAUGGUGGGGGCACAAAGAUAGAGGGUAUUAAAGAUACUUCUGUAGAGGAGAAGAAAGACAAAAAUGCUGAAGUUGUGGAGAGAGGGGGAAAAAGAAUUGUUAAAUGUAUAGAAGUAGAAGAAAAAGGUGUAAAAGUUUUGGACAACAAGGAUCAUAGCAGUGAUGUCGUUGUCGAUACAGACACUGACAUGAUAGAGUCAAAGGCUCGGGAGGUGGAGACACCGAAGAGGGAGAAAGCCAGCGAUACUUCAGACACAGACUCAGACACACAAAACACCGUGCUCUUUAAGAAAUCAAAAGUAGCAGAUAUUACUAGCUCUGCAUCAUCAGGAAGAGGAGGAUCAGUGUCCCAGACUUCAGGACGGAUCCCUGUGAGGGUUGAAGAUGUCUACACUGACUCAGAAGAGGAGGAGGAAGAAGAAAAUAGCGGAGAACUAAAUAGGAAUAUGGACAAAAAUGUAAGUGAUAUCCCUGCCACCAGUGAGACUGACUCUGUGGAUCCUGAAGAUCAGAAAGACAGUAUGUCAUUACCUGGUAGCUCACGAGCAAGUAGUCUGGAGCCUAUCCAGACUCCUUUCCACAUAAGUAUGAAAGCUUUACUUGAAAGGAGUUCUCCUUCAACCCUCAGUCAGAAGUCUCUACAGUCCCCAGGGACACCAACAGUUCGUGCCACUCGACCAAGGAAAUGUUUGAAAAAAUCUUUUAAUUUAGAGGACUGUAAGAAGGCAUUUGAACAAGGAUGGAAGCGUGAGAUUGUGUUCCGUGCAACUGUUGACCCUAAUAAGAGUAGUACCAAAGCUGAUAUAUAUUAUUAUGCUCCAAAUGGCAAGAAACUACGAUCAAGAGUGGAGAUUGAGGAUUACUUGUUCCGACAAGGGAUAAAAAAUCUCACUUUGGAUAAUUUUACAUGGAUUAAAGAGCCCUUAGGAGUUUGUGAAGAGUAUGAACAGAUUCGCCAUGCUUCAAGAAGUAUGACAGGUAGUAAUCGUGGAAAAUUAGGCACACCAAAUGCAAGUGCGGGAGGCACACCAAAUGCAAGUGCGGGAAGCACACCAAAUGCAAGUGCGGGAGGCACACCAACUGCAAGUGCGGGAGGCACACCAAAUGCAAGUGUGGGGGCCACACCCACUGAUGUGCCUAAGACUGAACCUUUCAUCUGUGCUCAAGUAGAAAUGCAGACACCACCACCACCACCACCAAAGAAAAAAAGGGGAAGGCCUCCCAAAAUUUCUAGUGAAAAGCCUGUAAAACGAGCCAGAAUGAAGAUCACACCUAUUAUACCACUGAGUUUGAAAAAAGGAACAGACUCCAGCCCAGGGGUCAAGGGAGCCUAUCCCCAUACUCCUGUGUCAGUCAAGCCAAUAAAUGUCCCGAACACUCAGCCAAAAUGCACAUCACCCAUCCCACCCUCGACUACUCUUGGAACUCCAGUGAACAAAAGCUGGAAGCCUGUCAUAACCCUAGCAAGCCCAACAAAUGUGGGGAGCAGUACAACUCAGCGACCAAUUCAGCCAGCUCCUGCCAAGACUGAGGAGGCCUCCAAUAAAUUUUCGAAAAGCCAUAUUGUAUACACUACCAAGAUCUGCAAUGAACGAAAAUUGACAUCCAAAAUAUUAACACCAAUGUUAACAGGCGAGGCUCGUCAACGGACCUUCCAUUGCACAGGACACUGUCCUAUGGGUGGUGGGAUGGUGCCGUGCCUUCACUGUGUCAAGUGUCUGUGCCUCUUUCAUCCAGAAUGCACCUUCAUGUCACCUAUCACAGUUAACCUUAUCCAGGCUGGAGCUGCCAAGUUCCUGUGUCCAAAUUGUUACCGAGAGAUGAAGGAGACUGCUGGAGCGAGCAGUUGGGUACCACCUAAGCCAUUUGAACCUCUGGCUUAUGACCCGGCAUCCGAAGACUCUGAAAGCGAGGGUGACAAGAUGGACAGGGAAAUAUCAAUUGAGAAUUAUAUUCACGUAAAUCUUCGACCAGAGUCACCGCUCACGCCCCCCACAACACCUCCUUCACAAGGCUAUAAAGGUCUGGAGGAAGCAGCAGCUAAAAUAUUUAGUGCAUCACAAGUAUCAAAGCCUUGUGAUACUGCAACAACAACAAUACAGAGUAUGCAGAGUCAGAGUGUACAACAAGUAGGAUCUGACCCUGCAAAUUUGGUGAGCAACAGUGCAGGUGUUAUGGGAGGAAUUCACCCCAACAUAGCUGGGAAUCAGCUGCUUCAACUACAGGCCCCAGGAUCUAAUGCUGCACGCUUCCUCCUUGUUCGUACUGGCGCCAAUGGAGAGAUGGUUCCAAUACAAGGAGGUCCUCAUUUAGGGAUGCCUAGAGGAAUACUACUGCCACCUGGUAUUGUUGGUGGGCAGAUGCCUUUCAUGAUAGCUGGAUCUUCACCUCAGCAACAGCAUACUACAACAGCACCAUUCAUGUUAAACUCUAUGCAGCAACAGCAGCAGCAGCUGCAACAGCAACAUCAGCUGCAACAACAGCAGCAGCAGCUGCAGCAGCAACAGCAGCUGCAGCAGCAACAGCAGCAGCUGCAGCAGCAGCAGCAGCUGCAGCAACAACAGCAGCUGCAGCAGCAACAGCAGCUGCAACAGCAGAAGCAGCAGCAACAGCAGCAGCAGUUGCAGCAGCAACAGCAGCAAAUUAUCACCCCUCUCAUGUUGCAGCAGCAACAAGUUGCAGCUUCCAUUAUGUUGUCCGGUUCUGUACAACAGCAGCAACAGCAGCAGGUUUCAACCCCUCUCAUGUUGUCUGUCCCAGGCUCGGUACAACAACAACAACAGAUUGCUGCCUUAAUUCAGCCGGGACCACCCGUUAGGCUGCACCCACAAGAAAAGUCACAAGAAAAACAGCAAAAUUCAACAGCAAAAAGUCAUACACGGUCGAGAAGUCAGUAUUUCCUUCGUGAUCUGAGCCAGAGUUACCGGGUGCUUGUUCGUGUUUUCAAGUACCUGUCUGUGAAGGAUCUGUUGAUGGCAUCCAGAGUAUGUCUUCUGUGGCGAGAUUUAGCAUAUAGCCCGUCUCUCUGGGGGACAGUUCGUUUGCGAAAUGUAUGUGUCCGUGAUUGGCACGAAUUAGCUCGUUUCUUGGAGAGACGCAACACAAGAAAUAUUGAUCUACGGAAAAUGGUGUUCAGAGAAAAGCAAAGCCAAGAGAACAUUAAGAACAACAAAGAAGAGAGAGAGGAGUUAAGUGCUCCUUCAGGAGAACAGUCAGUAGAACUCGGAGAGAUCACUGUUUCUUGCCCCUCAACCCCAUCAUCAGUGAGCAAAGGUUUGUCAGAAAGAGAGAAAGAUACUAAAGAAAAUGAGAGUGCUGAUGAUACAUGUACUUCAGAGUCACCCAGGGAUAAAAACAUGAAGGGAUCACCUUGGGAAAUCAAACAAGGUGCUUCUCUUAAUGCAUCACCUAAAAUGAAGACACAAGACAAGACAAGAGGAACUAUAAGUGGCUCUGAUGGUCAAGAGGAGGACACAGCUGAGGUAGUACCAAGCCCUGAUAGUCUUACUCAGAAGUCAACUUCAGAAACUGAUGGAGUUGCUGAAAUACAAGACAUGCAGAAAUUUGAAAAAGAUGAGGAGAAGAUGGAGUGUGAUGAUGAUGAAGCUCCAGCAAAAAAAAGAGAGAGAAUAACAAAAGGUGUUCAAGAAAAGGAUUCUGGAGAAGAACUGAGAACAAAGAAGACUGACAAAGAGGUUUGGAAAGACAUAUUUGAUGCAUUAGGAACUAUGCACUGCUUGAGAAGUGUAAUACUUCCCCAUUGUGAGGGGGAGGUCCUGCAGAUGAUGCUCACAAGCUGUAAAUACCUCACUAAAGUUUGUGCUACAGAAUUUCGCUCAGCGUCGGGUACUGCUAAGUUUGAUCCAGCUUACCUGAUGGAAGCCCCAGACUUAGAGGAGUUGCGAAUUGGCUCUUCACGGGGUUUCUGCCUAACCACAAACUUCAAUUUUAUCAAACUACAGAAACUCAGAGUGUUAGUGAUGAGAGGCUUGAGUGGGACUUCUUGGCCUUACCUUGGUACUAACCUCAUGUCUCUUCACGUUGGUCCUGUCAAAAACUUUUCUGCACAAACCUGGAGUAAUAUUGGCAGCAUGAGAAAUUUGAGGGCACUGUGGCUUGAGGACGGAGGAUAUGUUAAUGAUGCUAUCAUUUUUGAUGCCUUGAGUCGGCUCUACAAACUCCGUCGAUUGUGUCUCUUCAAUUUCACUGUUGGUCCUAAGUUAGGAUAUGCAUUGAAAAAAAUAUUCCCCCUUGAACGGUUGUUUGUCCUACCAGCACCUUCAGAGGAUGGGGACAUCAGCACACAGCACGGCAACAUGCUAGCAUUAACAGAAACUCUGCGUCAUGUUGAUGAGAUUGUGUGGGCCAUACGAACUCAAGAUAUUCAAUCUCAUUGUGAGAUUGACCACAUAGAAAUGUGUCCCACAAAAGCAAAGAUGUAUUCUGGUUUUACAAGUAGUGAUGAUGGUAGUGCUAAUCUGUGGACACUACAGCGUCUUGAAACAGUGGUGAAACGUCACCUUCCAAGAACUAAAGUUCGCAUAUUGAAGUUGGACACUACAGCAGCAACUCGGAUGGCUAUGUCUACCUUGUAAUUUAAUACUUUGCCUAUCCAAUUUACUUAUUAUAGUAACUACAGUGUUCUUACUUGUGUAUACAAUAGAGCCUUGGUUUUUGCACUAAAUAUGUUUCUAUUUGGGGAAAAUUUGCAUCAGAUUUAAAUGCAACCCCAAAGCAUAAAUAUAUUUUUACAAAAAUUCAAGAUACUUUAAUGUACUGUAUACAGUAGUAUUUUGUAAUUUUUAUAAAAAAAAAAAAAUCUCAACGUAAUAGAAGAACCUGGCAGAAAGUGGUAGAGAAGGGACACGGUAAAAAUUUUAUUAGAAUGAUCAGCAUUAUGUGUGAGUGAAUCUCAAGCUGGUAAUGUGUUUAUACUGUACAUCUUUUGUGUGGGUUGUCAAGGUAGCCCAUGGAUACUCUGUAAAAAUCUGAAUUUUACACAUCACUGUCCCUGGUGUAUGCAAAAUACUGAAGUUGUAUUGUACAAGUGAUAUCUCCAUUAGCCAGAACAAUUGGUGCAGAGCACUUUCGGGAAUGAGAGAUUCCGGGAAAUGAAACGACUCUCGAACCCGGAAAAAGUCCCCCAUCCCUGGAAUUUUCUGGGUAUCGGAAAAAUUUUCUCGGAAUUUCCUGAAAAUGCGCCUGAUUUCCAUCUCUCAAACCCGGAAAAAAUUCCCCCAUCCCCAGAAUUUUCUGGGUAUUGGGAAAAUUUUCUCAGAAUUUUCCAAGAAAAUUUCAAUUCCAGCUUCAGUAUUGGAGAGAAGAAAACACGAAGUAACUUAUAUGUAACUUAUAUUAUCCUGGACAGAAUUACUAGAUUCACUUGUCAAAUCUUGAGGAAAGUCACCAUAUUCACUACUAUCACUUUUACUAUGCCUUGGAAGGUCUCCCUUGUCUCCCAUAUCAAAAUUAAUGGUAUAAAUUUCCUUCUAUGCAGGCAGAAGAUGUAUGUCUUGAUUCAGCAUGUCUGAGCCGCCUAAGGGCAGUUGUCAGAAGCCUUUACAAAGAUGUUUAUGGGGUUUAUCCGCCAUUUAUUCUUGGAGGUGCAAUUAUUUUUGGGGGGAUUUGUCUGGUUUUUAGAUAUGUUAUGUGGGAUUGUAUAAAUCAAAGGUCCUGUAAGUCUGAAUGAAAAUUGCCAAAUAGUUUCUGAGAGAAAAAAUGCAUAUGUUUUGUUUUACAGUGAUCCUAUAAUUUGAUUUUUUUAUCUCUAUAACCAAACAAGAUAUAUUAAAAUUCUCUUGAUCAUAUUGUAGCUGUACAUAUUAUGAGGACUGUUUUGGAAACACAUUUGAUGAAAAACAAAGGAGUAGUGUCAUUAUUUUAGAUUAUUCUCAAUACUUUUUGCAUAAAAGUAAAAAAAAAAUUUGCUGUACCUAAUUGAGAUAUCAGAAAUGACUUCAACCAGAAUGUUUCCCUGUCAUUGCCCUAUACACUCAUAUAUUAUUUUUUAAAUUUGGAUGAAAAUUAAUAGCAUACUGUACUGUAGUUGAAAUUCAAAUAACAGUACAGUAAGUCAUCGCUUAACGUCGGGGUUAUGUUCCUGAAAACGCGACGUUAUGCAAAACAACGUUAAACGGAUCAAUUUUUCCCUUAAGAAAUAGAUAAAAUAUGGGAGUUACGUUCCUGAGCCUCCCUUUGCCCCA